CCAUGUUCAUUCGUCUACGGGCUGUCAGCACGUUCGGUCGGGAUUUCCGCGUUGCAUAGCGCUAAAGUGAAUUUUAGGAGUGGUUUGCGGUGUCUGCUUAUGUGCUUAAAGAGGAAGAGUAUGGUGUAAUCCUCUUCGUUCUAGCGAGGCACUCGGUUGACAUGGUUGCUGUGUAUGUGUUGGUAUGUCUGCAAAAAGGAAAAAUGUUUAUUGAAUAAGUUUCGACUCGAUAUCAAAUUUUGAGAAAAAGUUUUCGUUGCUUUUGAAUGGUUGCGAAGUGAUAAUAAGUGGUGCAGUUCAAUACCGAUCUCUUGAAAAUAUAUGUUUGUGCUGUCAAAACAAAACAAGUUUUGAAGAAAUAUCAAAGAAACGAGUGUUUUCCCUAAGCUAUAUGUUUUGGUAGAAAUUGUAUGUGUGGUAUACUUGAUGUGAAGUAGGUAUUAAAAAGCCGUGUCUCAGUGAUUAUACGGAUAAGACAUUUUCGCUUCAAACCAACUAUAUGGGUUCAUCCGUGUCGCAGGAGUGAGCAGUAUCUUACAUCCAGCGGCGAGAAUCAGCUGAACACAGAAAUACAAGUGAGUUACUAUCUUGCCAAUUCUAUGUAACCUGGACGAAACAAGGUCAAGUAAGAACUUCAACGCUACGAAUGUUUCCAUAUUAUAUGGAUUAAGGUAUAUUAAGAAAACAUAUUAACUGGGUGCUGAACGACCGAGAUGCUGACAGUGGCAACAAAUCAUUUGGCCAUUAAGUAGACUAUUAUCGUCGAACGAAAAAAAUACUCUAUAAUCAGAGAUCUGUUAAGACCAAACCAAAAAUGUGACUAACCAAUGAAAGCACCCAAAUGUGCUGAAUAAACGUAUUGGAGUGUAACCAAGGAGAAGUCCGAAAAACAAAAAAACAGUUGAAAAAGUUUCGAGAAAAAAUUACAUCGCAGUAUCAGAGAAGUGCACAAAACCAAGCUGCUAUAUGCUUUACUUCCUUGCUGGAGGAAAUCGUCAAGAAGGGAAAAUCGACCAUAAAUGAGUAACUAUCGUUAGUAAGCAAUUGGUUGCUCUGCAGCUCCUAAAGUGCAAAACGAGCCUUGAAAAAAUCGCCUACAGCACCCUAACAAAGGCUCUACCACCAUGACUGUGAAACUUUUUCGGCGAGGAUCGGCUCGAUGCAUCGGAUUGCUAUCAGCAUUCAUUACUAUCCUGCUCUGCCUGUACUACAUCUCAAUGGGCCAACCCUCGACUACACCCGGUCCUGGGGGAACACACAAAGAUAGCUUGCAUCUAAAGCGAUUAAGCAACAUUCAUGACCCGCACCGUGACGGUCGCAGCAAUCACAAUGCAAAUCAAUCUUGGCACAGUUGGCUGCGGAACAAUCUAAAUUCAAUUGGCAACGACAGGCGGAAUGGUGCACUGAGGCCUCCGGUCUCGAGUGACCUGAAUGGGAUAGGGGAUAAUACAGAUGAAAAUAUCGGCAGAAAUACGAGCCCACCGCGGUUCAACUCCAAAUGGGAUGAAUGCUCUGCAUUAGAAGAAGCACCGACGGACAUUACCACCGGCGACGAAUAUGGAAAUUUUGAUUUUCAGCCAGAAUGGAUGAAAACAAAGGAAUACUGGGAUAAAGAUUUUGAAAGCCGCUUCGAAAAACAGCAAAAGGAUCUGAAGAGGCCUCCACUGAAGAUCAUGGUUGUUCCUCACUCUCAUAAUGAUCCGGGAUGGCUGAAAACAUUUGUCAACUACUUUCAGUCGGACACACGUCAAAUUUUAAAUCUCGCCGUCACGAAGAUGCCAGAAUACAACAACAUGUCUUUCAUUUGGAGCGAAAUUAGCUUUCUACAGAUGUGGUGGGAUCAGGCCCACCCUACAAAGCAAAGGAUAUUGAAAAAGUUAGUGAAAUCUGGUCGAUUGGAAAUUACAACCGGCGGAUGGGUUAUGACAGACGAGGCAAAUGCUCACUUAUAUGCCAUGAUUGAUCAGUUGAUUGAAGGACAUCAAUGGGUGAAAACGAAUCUCGAUGUAGCACCUACCAGCGGCUGGAGUAUUGAUCCAUUUGGUCAUGGUAGUACGGUUCCAUACCUACUUGCAGCCAGCGGUUUUGAAGGAACGAUUAUUCAACGUAUACAUUACGCUUGGAAACAAUGGUUUGCGCGACACAGCUACGGAGAUUUUUUCUGGACUCCAUACUGGCGAAGUCCCGGUGCGUCGCUUGAUCGAAAGCAUACCUUGCUAACCCAUAACAUGCCAUUUGAUAUAUACUCCAUCAAACAUUCUUGUGGGCCACAUCCUUUUAUUUGUCUUAACUUCGACUUCCGUAAAAUCCCCGGCGAGUAUACGGAAUAUUCCAUCAAGGCACAAUUCAUCACUCCAGAAAAUAUCGAAUCUAAGGCCGAUUUACUGAUGGAACAGUACGCACGAACAGCAUCACUUUUUCCACAUAACGUCGCACUUAUUCCCGUUGGUGAUGAUUUUCGUUACAACAAAGAAAAGGAAAUGGAGCAACAGUACGCUAACUAUAAAAAACUUAUCGACUACAUCAACGAAAACAAAAACAAAUAUAAGGCCGACAUUAAGUUUGGAACGCCAAAAGAUUAUUUCGAUGCUGUCAAAGAACGCUACAAGACAUUCCCGAUUUUAAAAGGAGACUUCUUUGUAUACGCCGAUAUCUUUAACGAAGGUAGACCGGCUUAUUGGUCUGGAUACUUUACGACCCGACCGUACUACAAGAUACUAAGCCGUGAAUUGGAGCAUAAUCUAAGAAGUCUAGAAAUUUUGUUCACACUAGCCUUCAAUCGUGCACGACAAGCAGGCAAUUCAAACGCAUUCAAAAUCUACGAGAAGAAUUAUGAAAAAAUGAUACUAGCAAGGCGAAAUCUCGGUUUAUUCCAACAUCAUGACGCCAUAACCGGCACAUCCAAGGCAAACGUAAUGCGGGAUUACGCUCUUCGGUUGUUCGAGAGCAUUCAAGAUACAGUCAAAUUGCAAGAGAAAACAAUCGAACUGUUGAUUCAAGCAAAAGGCUCGGAACUGAACUUUUUGAUCGGCGAACUGGAACGUGAUAACUUUGGCAAACUCCCACGAAAAACACCGCUAGUUGUAACGGAAGCACGGAGCACUGAUUUCGUAAUAUAUAAUUCUCUAGCACAGGAACGAUUGGAAGUUGUUUUGAUACGUACGCUCUCACCGCGUGUGAAAAUUGUCGACCCCACUGGCAAACAAAUGGACAUCCAAAUCAAUCCCGUAUGGAAUAUAACCGAGUCAACCUAUGCAACUAGAAAGAUUUUUCCCUCCGACAAAGAGUACGAAGUUAUGUUUGUGGCUAAGCUGGCUCCGUUAUCGCUGACAACAUUUACCGCCACGUAUGACGAUGAUUUCAAACCAAAGAUGGCAACGCUCUAUUGUAAUGAGUGCCAAGAUGAAAAAAACGAAAUUUUCGAAGUAAGAAACAAACAGCCUGGCGACAUUCAGCUUGAAAAUUACAAAAUGCGGCUACUGUUUGAUGAACAGAGCGGAUUUUUGAAAUCAAUUACCAAGAAAAAUAUGGGCAAACAAAUUCAGUGCGCAAUAAAAUUUGCCGCCUAUAAAAGUGCUCAGUUCCAUUCUGGAGCAUACUUGUUCAAGACAGAUCCGGAACAAAGGAAUUCAGAAAAAGAGGUUUUAGAACAGUAUAACGACGUGACGAUUUUAAUAACAUCUGGACCACUUGCCAGUGAUGUUACGGUUAUCUACGGUCCGUUCCUAGCACACACCGUUAGGAUUUACAAUUCGAACACUAUUCUGGACAAUGGAAUCUACAUUGAAAACGAUGUGGAUUUUGAAAUGCCUCCCAAAAACCGCGAAACUGAAUUGUUUAUGAGAUUUGUCACUGAUAUUGAAAACGGAGGAAGCGAAAGACCUGAGUUUUACUCAGAUUUGAAUGGUUUUCAAUACCAAAAGCGUACGAAAGUACCGUCUAUCGGAAUCGAGGGAAACUAUUUCCCAAUAACUAGUGGAGCAUUCAUUCAAGACGAGAAAAUGAGACUGACUUUGGUGACGAUGCAUGCGCAGGGAGCAGCUAGCCUAGAACCAGGACAGCUCGAAGUUAUGCUAGACAGACGUACUUUGUAUGACGAUUACCGUGGAAUGGGUGAAGGAGUUGUAGAUAGCCGUCUUACAAGGCAUAGGUUUUGGGUGACAUUGGAAACAAUUGAAAAGGCUCCAACUACCACUGGCGAAUCACCGGAUCGGAAUGAUGACUCCAAACCCACUGAAUACCAACUGCCAAGCAUUUUUGCAAACAGCUUAUCCAAUGGUCUAAAUUAUCCGGCAAAUCUGUUUAUCGUCGAAAAGUACGACGAAAGCAAUCAGGUAAUACUAAACCGGGCAGUGCACCUACUCAGCACUCCGUUUCCCUGUGAUCUACACAUUCUGAAUCUCCGAACACUGACUGAAGGUAAUCUUCCGCUAUUUCCCUCGAAUUCGGCCUUGUUGGUUCUACAUCGGCAAGGGUACAAUUGCCGAAUAGGAGGCGAAGAAGUAGUAAAUUAUUUUUGUAAUAAUAGUAACAGCGGUAACAGUAGUGUUAGCAGUAGUAGUAUUGUUAAUAUUUACAAUAUAGAUGAGUACAAUAGACAACUACAGUUUUUCACUGGAGAGCUGUUGGAACAAAUUACUAGUACUUCGUUAACAGGUUUACAUCUUGGAGAACCAGUGAGUUCUAUAACAGAUAUAUUUCUGGAGCCGAUGGAGCUAAGAACUUAUAAUUUAACGUUCGUUAAGUGAACAAUGUAUCAGGAUUCGAGAACUCUCUUCCAAAUAGUGUGAUGCCUUUGAUUGAAAAUACGAAUUUGGCUGCAUCAUUUAGUUACUUCAAACGCAAAUAUUAAACAAACUUUAUGUUCCUUUAAAAUCAUUAACAUCCAAAUUGUAUCACUUUUCAAAGGAUCGUGCUGUUCGUAUACAUGGCGUAUGAGGCAUCGAUCCACGGGUCUACUAUGUCUUAGAAUCUCAUAUAGAUGAGUGUAAUACGAGUUCAUUGACUUUUCUCAUUUUCAUGGUUCAUGUCAGAGGCAUUGAUUGAAUUUUAAAAUAGACAUAUUAAAAUUUAAUCUAAUGAUAUGUUAUUUAUGAAAUCAUAUACAAAAUGUUCGAGACCAUAUUAUUUUAAAAGGAAAAAACCAAAAAUCAUAUUUUAGUAAUAGAUGGUGUUAAAAACAUUCAUGAUAAACGGUGUAAAUUCACUGCGGAAAUUUAGUUCAAUUGAUUAUUAGGUACCAAAUAUAACGUCAGAAAAGAACAUCGUCUAAUGUAACUAUCCCUCCAUAUGAGCCCCAUGGGGUAUUUAAUUUCAAACCAUCGACACCAAUCAUUCCAACAGAUCCGAAUAACGUAUUAAACCAUAUAUAAACAAUUCUCUCCACAUGUCCACGUCACAGCAUCAAUGCUCAGUGAUUUUCUACCAAUAUGAUACAAAACAAUACAAAUCAAAAGUUUAAUCGUUUCUCGUACAUACCAACAGGCAAAAUUAUGCACGUUUUAAUUGUACAUAUUUAAGGCUCACAAUUAAACAUUUUGUUUUCGAACUGUAUCUUAAAAUGUGAUUUUAGUUUUAGUUUCUGUUUUCGUUUCAAUACCCAGACUAAUCGGAUUAACUACUACUGUUUUGUCACUUGUAAUUUAAAGUGCUACACAUCGCUAAGUAUGACAAUUUAUGACAACCAGUAUGAUUUUUUUUCUUAUCUAUAGUAAACCGUCCAGCAGUUUGUCUCAUACCAUCGUUCACUAAUUAGUCGAUGUCGAGAGGACACACUACACCAAUUAUUAGUUGAUAUUUGACUACAGCCUACAUUAACGUACCCUUAGAAGAAUUAUGAUUUUCAUAAAUCAUACAAUUAAGAAUUGAAUAAAAGCCAUUGACAGCAACAUCUCAAAACUGAAGGAACAUUUGUUUCCAUACCCUACGCAGCUUAUUAUAUUUUACCUGUCCAUGGAGAGUAUAUUACAAAACAGAAUCUUUAAUAUUGAUAUUAGAACGAAAGAUAUUAUACGAUUAACAAGUUCGGUUUAAUUUUCAUUAGCCUUUUAAACCAUAAAUGAAAUAAAAUGAUCAAAGUGUAGUUAAAUAUUUAGGAAAUUAAACUAUGUGAAAAGAAUUGUAGAGAAAAUUUGUUCUAGGUUGCCAGGGAGAAAUAGAGUGGUGAAUAAACUAAAAAUGAUUAUUAGUAAUGAGAUAGGCUCUGGUUCUAUGUAAAACCUGUGCGUGGUGCUCCGUGUUCCUGAUUUUGUACAAAGAUAAAUAUUAUUUGUUGUUUUAGCGACCUACCUUUGUACUUCUUAGUUUAAUCCAUUGAUCUGCUUAGUAAACCAAAUGUCUGAAAUAGAACUUUAAGCAAAAUACAAAAUAAAAUAUUUAAA